GAGAGAGAGAGAGAGAGAGAGAGAGAGACAUACACACCUAUAGAGAGCCGGAGAGAGGGACCCAGUCUGCCGGUGUUUGAGUGAGAGUGUGUCCGGGCUGCGGAGCCUCUGAAUGGGAUUACUCCGGUCGUGCUGCCGCUGCUGCUGCUGCUGCUGCUGGAGGAACCAUGCGGCGGCCGCAGAGCUGCUGUUCUCCCCCGCUCCCCUCGCUGCUCCGCCCGCUGCUGCUGCUGCUGCUGCCGGUCCUCGGGCUCUGCAGUGGGACAAGUUUCCCGAGCAACAUCCACAUCGGAGGUCUUUUCCCCACCGGCUCCCAUGAGUACGAGGUGUUCCGCUUCGCGCUGGCGCAGCACCAGGACGUCCCCAAACUGGUGCCGCAGGUGGACAUGGUGGACACGGGGAGCAGCUUCGCCAUGACCUACGCCUUCUGCUCCCAGUUCUCUAAGGGUGUGUAUGCCAUCAUGGGUGUGUACGACCGGCGAAGCGUCAACAUGCUGAUGUCUUUCUGCGGCUCUCUGCACGUGUGCUUCGUCACUCCAUCAUUCCCCGUCCUCACCAACAACCAGUUUGUUCUUCAGCUCAGACCAGAACUACAGGAGCCCCUCAUGGCCCUGCUGGACCACUUCUACUGGACCCGCUUCACCUACAUGUACAGCUCUGACUCAGGACUGCUGUGUGGACUAGCCAGACCUUCCUCCAGGGCCGUGGUGGAGGAAGGUCGACAUGCGGACGGCCCCAGACAGGCUGACAGAGAACAGCUGAGCGUCAGCUCGCAUGAACAGAGACGUUUGAUUGCUGCAGAGGAUCCUGGACAGCGGCCAGAGCUGGCGCUGGAGGUGACCUCCGUUAACCUGGACUCUCUGACUGAAGCCGGCUUCAUCAAGCUGCUGGCUGACCUGGACUUCAAGAAGGACUUCCAGAUCCUCAUAGACUGUGAGCUGGAGAGACUCAACUCCAUCCUCAACCUGAUUGCUGCUCAGAAGAGAAAUUUGAAGAACUAUCACUUCAUCCUGGCCAACCUGGGCUUCCUGGACCUGAACAUGACAGAUUUCCAGAGGCUGGGUCCUAACGUGACGGGCCUCCAGCUGGUGAACCGGUCCGAUCCGGUCGUGGAGAAGAUCGACCGGGACUGGCUGGAGUUUGACAGCAAAGACCUUAAACUGGCCCGCAGGAGGCUUAGGUAUACGGGAGCUCUGACAUACGACGGCGUCAGCGUCAUGGCGACGGCGUUCCAGAACCUGCGGCGACAACGCAUCGACAUCUCUCGCCGUGGCAAUGCCGGCGAGUGUCUGGCGAACCCGCCGGCGCCCUGGGGCCAGGGCAUCGACAUACAGAGAGCCCUGCAGCAGGUGCGUCUGAACGGGCUGACCGGUUGGGUCCAGUUUGAUGAGCGAGGCCAUCGGACCAACUACUCUCUGAGUGUGAUGGAGCUGAGCCUCACCGGGCCCAGGAAGAUCGGCUACUGGAACGAGGCCAGAGGCUACGUGAACACAGCUGUCUACAAACCGCCCAUGGAGGACUUAAAGGACCUGCCCAACAGAACCUUCAUCAUCACCACCAUACUGGAGGCGCCCUACAUGAUGCUGAAGAAGAACCACGAGCAGUUUGAAGGGAACGAGCGGUACGAAGGUUACUGCGCCGAGCUGGCGGCGGAGAUCGCCAAACACGUGGGCUUCGUGUACCGGCUGGAGCUGGUCGGGGACGGCAAGUACGGAGCCAGAGACCCCGAGACCAAGCUGUGGAACGGCAUGGUGGGAGAACUGGUCUACGGGAAGGCAGACGUGGCCGUGGCGCCCCUCACCAUCACCCUGGUGCGAGAGCAGGUGAUUGACUUCACCAAACCCUUCAUGUCUCUGGGGAUCUCCAUCAUGAUCAAGAAACCCACCAAGUCCAAACCGGGGGUCUUCUCCUUCCUGGACCCGCUGGCCUACGAGAUCUGGAUGUGCAUCGUCUUCGCCUACAUCGGAGUCAGCGUUGUGCUCUUCCUGGUGAGUCGUUUCAGUCCGUAUGAAUGGAAGGGGGAAGACUCUGACGAUGAAGAUGAAACUAUGCCCUCCUCUUCCUCCCGACACGCUCAGCCGUCCUCCUCCUCUGAGCUCGUUCACUCUCCAGGGUUCUUCCAGGCUCACAUCCAGAACCAGAACCAGAACCAGCAGAAAGAGAAGGAGAGCCCGGAGCACACCAACGACUUUGGGAUCUUCAACUCUCUCUGGUUCUCUCUCGGGGCCUUCAUGCAGCAGGGCUGCGACAUCUCCCCCAGGUCUCUGUCGGGCCGGAUCGUGGGGGGAGUCUGGUGGUUCUUCACCCUCAUCAUCAUCUCGUCGUACACGGCCAACCUGGCGGCGUUCCUGACGGUGGAGCGCAUGGUGUCUCCCAUCGAGAGCGCCGAGGAUCUGGCUAAGCAGACCGAGAUCGCCUACGGGACGCUGGACGGAGGCUCCACCAAGGAGUUCUUCAGGCGCUCAAAGAUUGCAGUUUUUGAGAAGAUGUGGUCGUACAUGCGCAGCACGGACCCCUCGGUGUUCGUGAAGAACACCAACGAGGGCGUGAGCCGCGUCCGCAAGUCGAAGGGGAAGUACGCCUACCUGCUGGAGUCGUCCAUGAACGAGUACAUCGAGCAGAGGAAGCCCUGCGACACCAUGAAAGUGGGCGGGAACCUGGACUCCAAAGGUUACGGCGUGGCCACGCCCAAAGGAUCGCGCCUCAGAAUCCCAGUAAACCUAGCAGUACUGAAGCUCAAUGAACAAGCCAUCUUAGACAAGUUGAAAAACAAGUGGUGGUAUGACAAGGGGGAGUGUGGACACAAGGACUCCGGCAGAAAGGACAAGACGAGCGCGCUCAGUCUGAGUAACGUGGCCGGAGUGUUCUACAUCCUGAUUGGAGGGCUGGGCCUCGCCAUGCUGGUGGCGCUGGUCGAGUUCUGCUACAAGUCCCGCAUCGAGUCCCGACGCAUGAAGGAACUCAUCGACGCCGCCAUGAGCAGCAACCUCGGCGGCUCAGCGGGCGGUUAUGGAGGAGGAGGAGGGGAGAACGGACGCGUGGUAGCACACGACUUCCCCAAAGCCGGAGCUCAAGGUUUACCGUGCAUGAGCAAAUCUGCCGGCCUGGGACUCUCCUCCACCGGCAUGUGAUCAGAACGGAGACUGCUGAUUGGACGGGACGCUCCUGUCUGUCUGUCUGUCUGUCUAUCUGCCUGUCUGUCUGUCUGUCUGUCUCUCUAUCUGUCUGUCUGUCUCUCUAUCUGU